GUUGGUGCGAAGCUGAGAGAGGGGAGAAGGGGCAAGCUGAGCGGAGGAGGGGGUGAGAAGUGAGAGAGCGAGCGGCCGUCUGAGAGGCGGGCAGGAGCCGGAGGCAGCCCGCGAAAGAGCAGAAGGAUCCCCGGGUGAGAGAGGGGACGGAAGCCGAGAGCAGCCAGACUUGGGAAGGUCGCAGCGAGCGCUGAGCAGCAGAAGAUGGCGGACGGGGACAGCGGGAGCGAGAGAGGGGGCAGCAGUGGCGGAGGAGGCCCCGGCGGCUUCCAGCAGCACAUGUCCCGGGACCAGGAGACCCAGGAGCUGGCCUCCAAGCGGCUGGACAUCCAGAACAAGCGCUUCUAUCUGGAUGUCAAGCAGAACGCCAAGGGCCGCUUCAUCAAGAUCGCCGAGGUCGGGGCCGGGGGCUCCAAGAGCCGCCUCACGCUCUCCAUGGCGGUGGCCGCCGAGUUCCGAGACUACCUGGGCGACUUCAUCGAGCACUACGCCCAGCUGGGCCCCAGCAGCCCCGAGCAGAUCGCGCAGUCCGCCGGGGAGGACGGGGCCGGAGCAGCGGGGCCCCGCCGGGCCCUGAAGAGCGAGUUCCUGGUGCGGGAGAACCGCAAGUACUACCUGGACCUGAAGGAGAACCAGCGGGGCCGCUUCCUGCGCAUCCGCCAGACCAUCAACCGGGGGCCCGGCUUCAGCGGAGGGGCCGGCGGCGGAGCGGGCCUGCAGAGCGGACAGACCAUCGCCCUCCCCGCGCAGGGCCUCAUCGAGUUCCGCGACGCCCUGGCCAAGCUCAUCGACGACUACGGCGGGGAGGACGACGAGCUGGGCGUGGGCCCCGGCGGCUCGGGCGGCGGAGGAGGAGGCUCGGCCGGCGGCGGCAUGUACGGAGAGCUGCCCGAGGGCACGUCCAUCACCGUGGACUCCAAGCGCUUCUUCUUCGAUGUGGGCUGCAACAAGUACGGCGUGUUCCUGCGGGUCAGCGAGGUGAAGCCCAGCUACCGGAACUCCAUCACCGUGCCGCUCAAGGCCUGGGGCAAGUUCGGCGGGGCCUUCUGCCGGUAUGCCGACGAGAUGAAGGAGAUCCAGGAGCGGCAGCGGGACAAGAUGUACGACCGGAGGGGCCCCGGGGAACGAGGGGGCGGCCUAGGAGGAGGGGAGGACUCCGAGACAGAAGAUGUGGAUGACGAUUGAACGGGAAGAAAGGACGAGGCAGGGGAGAGAGAGAUGGAGAAUGGAGGGAGGGCAGUAACACAUAGUCAUAACCAAUUCUAGUAGGACAUGGGGGGAGGGGGGCAGUAGGGUCCAGGUGAUGUUGUAAGUCAGGUGUGGUGUGAUAACAUGUAGGACAGGUCUGUAUAGUCAGUAUCUUCAUUCAUUAUUCUCGGGUGGGGGAUGUUAGUUCAGUGCAGACCCCCUUACAUGAGUGAUGGCUAUCACUGGCUGCUACAGCUCCUGAGGAUUGGGUGUCUAAUGAUGCCUUGUCAGCUAAACCUAGUUAACAGCUGGAUUGUGCAGUGAUAGCCAUCACCUUUGUAAGUGUUUUGCACAAAGAUUUGCUUCAAAUGGCACAGCUUUAUAUAUU